UCCCGUGGUUUUCCUUACAGCGUGUAGUGCUCACAGCCAACUUCAACCGAGCACAGCUGAAUCUGAGCAUACAAACUAUACAUCUCGUGUGGGAGUAGGUUUGUGGAUCACCCUGUGAACACUUCAAUAAAACAUGACAACCCUGUGCUUAGCUCACUGUACAAACUAAAUACAGACUUCCCCUUCUCCUUGCGUAGUUCCAGUUCGAUUCAUUCAUUCAUAUUAUGUUGGAAAGAGCUGUUGGUUUAAUUGAAUUAUUUUGGUUCUAGAGAACACUCGGAUCCCAUUCUGCUCCAGGUCCCGUGUGAGAUUAGAAUGGGCUGCUGUUCGGGACGAUGCACGUUGAUAUUCCUCUGCACUUUUCAGCUGCUGGCAGCGCUGGAGAGACAGGUGUUUGAUUUCCUUGGGUACCAGUGGGCUCCCAUCCUUGCAAACUUCUUCCACAUCAUCAUCGUUAUCCUGGGCCUCUUCGGCACGAUUCAGUACCGACCUCGAUACAUUGUGGUGUAUGCUGUCUGGACGGCUCUUUGGGUCACUUGGAAUGUCUUUGUUAUCUGUUUCUAUUUGGAAGUGGGAGGACUUUCAAAGGAGAGCGACCUCUUGACCUUCAACAUCUCGGCUCAUCACUCGUGGUGGAGCGAGCACGGGCCGGGCUGCGUGCGCAAGGAGAUGCAGGCAACAGGAGUGAAGAGUCUGGACAGCCAGUCCUUCAUCUCUGUGAUGGGCUGCAUUGUGGAGUACCAGUACAUCGAGGUCCUGCACAGCUCCUUUCAGAUACUCAUAGCACUCGUGGGCUUCGUGUACGCCUGCUACGUGGUCAGUGUUUUCACGGAGGAGGAAGACAGCUUUGAUUUUAUUGGUGGAUUUGAACCAUUCCCCCUCUACCAUGUCAAUGAGAAACCAUCCCAUCUUCUGUUAAAGCCGAUGUACCUGUCUACGUAAAUAGAGGACAGAGUUGCUGGCAGGAGGGUUAACAGUGAAUUUACAUGAAGGUGAUGCCGAGUUAACAAUGAAGAAAAGCUGUCAACCUCAACUGGAGCACAACUCGAGGGACAAUUGAAAAACAUUCCAGUGUUGUGAUCAUUUUUUUGUUUUCUCCCUCCCAAUUAAAAAACACACUGCAAUGAUAAAACAGCGCUCCUUGAAAAUACUGUAAUUCCAACUGUAUACUUAAGAGGAGGAUCAUUCUAGAUAGGGCAGCUGUGUAUAGAACAUGGAACUUUUAAGAGAGGUCAGACCUAGCAGUGAUGGCUGCAAUUGUCAGAGGUGUCCCCAUGCUGUAGACUGUACUGAAUGCUCUUUGUUGAACUAGAUUGCUGAGUGUAGUAACUAAAUAGCGCCUUUCAAAUCUAGAUUUUUUUUAAUAUAGUUUAAGCAAAGAUAGUGUAAUGUUUACAUCACACAAGAGAAUGCACGUUUUGAUUAGCAGGUAGUUUCAAUACUAAAGUAACGGUGCUGUAUGGAAAACCACAGAUAUGCUGAACACUCCUGUGGUUCUUUUUUGGUUCAGGACCUGCAAACCAUAAUGCCAGCAAGCUCUGUAGUAUGAAACCCUAUUCCAUUCAUGUUGGUUCAGUAUCUCCACAGAAGGACAGAGACCAGCCUCAGCUUCUUGGUUCACUUUCCUUCCCUUUGUUGGCUUGCCAGAAUUGUCAUGCAAUAGUGUGAGAGAAGGAGGUCCGUGUUAAAUAUCUUCGGGGGGGAUUUUCGGGCAACACAGCAGGAGGCCGAUUAUAAAGACGCUUGAAAUGUAAAUGCGAUGGUUGAGAUGUACAACAAUGAAUCAUUAAAGAGGUUUGGUGUUUGUAGAGGGCGGGUUUGAUUUGUUCCUGUCUUUUGACAGCAAGGGGACUACUGUUCUCUACUCUGGAUUGCUUGCCCCUGUCUUGCAUUAUUUCUUGUAUAUGGUAAGCAAACUGCACACUGUGUAAAAACAUUAGAACCUAAAGCAAAAAAACGUUGUUUUAUUUGCACAUCAAUAUGGGAUGUGCGUCUUAGUGAAAGUGGUUCUUCUGUUCAGAAGUAAAAGCAUUUGUGAGUUUACAGAUAUAAACUGAAAAAACGUGUGUAAUCAAAAUGUGUUUUUUUCCUUCACCCUUUGUUCAAAAGGUUGUUUUUUUUUUUUUGUCCCAGCUGUAAUUCACUACUGCCCUCUAGUGUUUUCAUAUGUAUAUAAUAUAUAAAUAUUUUUGUGGAAGAUUUUAGGAGUGUCUGGAAACAGGAAGGGUGCUAAUUUCCAUUUGUGGAGCUAGUUACAACCAGAAGAGGAAAAAGCGGAUUUGUUCAGUAUUAAAGCACCACAAACUCAUGUUUAACAGAUAUCUUCUUUUAACUGCCUGAAGCAAAACAAAAGGAUUUGUAGUUCAUACUGGGUCUAAUACUGUACUAUUGAUGGUCAUGUUGUGUUUCACAAUUUACUAAUAAAAGAUCAAUCACAGUCACUGCAUUUAUUGGUAGUUAAAUGACAUUUUAAAAAGUUUCUGUUGUCCACAAAAUGACACUUAAUUGAGCAUGUAUCUUGCUUUUAAUGUCUGCCUUGUUUGGAUGGAUUGAUGUGGAAUUGAGUUUUUCAUGCAUCCCUGGCUGAUAAUUCCUGCUGUAAAUGAGUCUACAGUGCACCAAACGUUCCUUCCAUGUUUAAUAGAAUUCGGCUAUGGAGUCAAUGUCCUCAAUCCUUCAAGAUCCUGUGUGACUCCUACGUGAAGAUGCACGGAAUCAUCUAGAAGCAUGAAGUCUGCGACGACCGCACCAGUAAAAUGUACUUAUUCAGCUUAAGCACAUGGACAGCCUCCAGAAGAAAAUCAAGACAUUAUCAGAAUGCCCAGUUCUCAACAAUAGCUUCUCAUCCUAAUAAAGCAGAAAAUCGCAUUCGAUAACAGCUGCUGUUGCCUGUUCAAAUCAGUGCUUAUCUUCGCUGAUUUUAAAAAAAGUAAAUACAGAAUAAAUCUACUUGAAUUACAAUAGAAUAUUACAGCAUUAGAUGUAGACUGUGUUUGUAUCAACCUAAAGACAGGUGUUUGUCAAGCCAGUUUUUGCAGUGUCAUACUUAAUGUGUCACAUUCAAUUCUCCUAUAUAACUUCCUGGUUGUGUGGAUUUUUAUUUUUAAUGCUUACAUUUAUUGAAUACUGUAGUAUCAUUGUUCCUUCCCUGGCCAAGUACUGUGGUUUGUGUUCUCAAGUGUAAAUAACAGUCUGUUAAUAAAGUGUUGUGUAUUUCUUAAUGUC